UACCUACAGCGAAAUAUAUAUAUGUUUUUAUCACCAAAAGCUGUGCCUUAGGUGUCGGAAAUGUCAGUUUUGCAGUGAUGGUUGUUGAAAUGGUAAUAAAGUGUUGUUUUAAACGAUUUAGUUGAUCCCGCUAGCUAGUGAGUCCGGACGUAGCCCGAACGGCUCCAUGUUCCCUACCUAGGCGCACUAGUGCAGAGUGUUGGCUAACGGCUGAUGUCGCCUGCGUGCUAGUGCACUUCGAGUUAAAGCGGCGCUUAUUAGGAUGCAGCCCGUGUUAAGCUAAUCUAGGUGAAUGUUGUCAUCUGAAUACUGGAUUUUUUUUAAGACUUCUCGAGCAAUGCAAGGCGCUGCGUACUGACUCACAGAGAUGGAGACGAGUGCCAUAGAUGAGCUUUAUGGUAACCUUGGUCAGGAACAUCAUGAUUCCAUCCUGAAUUAUGACGAAGACUCUGUGGAUAUCUACUCAGGACUUGAGGACAGUCCCAAGAAAACGAAAGACCACGGCAAGAAGGACAGCACUUUUCUUUCACCUAACAGGGUGAAGGAGUCGUUGGACUUGUAUGAGGAACUCAUUACUCAAGAGCAAGAGGAGAAAGACUCAACCUAUAAUGAGUUGAAAAGUAAAUUCGUUGCGGCGCAAAACCAAGUGCAGGAUUUACUCGCACAGUUGCAACAGAUGCAGACUAAGAACUCAAGUUUACAUCAUGAAAACACGCUGCUGAAGAAAAAUAUAUGCGCACUUAUCAAAACUGCUAAGAUGGAGAUCGUGAGGAAGGACGAGGAGAUAAGCAAAUUAAGCAAAAGAUCAAGUCGAAGUAGUUUCCAUCCGUCUGUGAUGGAAAGAGGACACUAUGCCUACAACAGAAGCUUGGCAAAUAAGAGCAGCCUGGCUGGUCCUGGAAAGGAGUCUCAGGAGCUUAAAAGAGACGAGGUAUUAGCAGAGGUGUCGCAGAGUAGAUCAUUAUUUAAUAACCAGCCUGGUGAUUCACCCUCGAUGGAUUCCACACCUUCGUCAUCUGUGAUGAGAAAAUGCACCAGGAGCAAUCUUGAGAAUCCUUUAAAUCGACAAAAUAAGGAUUCUUGUGGUUUGGAUUUGCUUCCCAAUGCUAGCCCACAAGAUCAGAGGCAUAUCCAGGGUAACAGAGAAAGGGAAAGCACAAGCACAAACUCAGAGACUAGCACUAGGCAGAGAUCUUGUGAUGAAGAACACAGGAUGGGAGCGAAACAGUCUGGAAAAGAGAGCGCCUUGAAAGAGAAGGACGUAUCGGAAAGAUCUCAAACCAAAAUGGAAAAAAACAGAGAGGUGAGGUCGACUGCAGAAAGCAGUCGUGUAUCAAGCAGUGGUCAAUGUCAACAGCAGGAAGACCCGGUAACGCUCAGGAGAUCUUGUCCCUCGGGGAGUCCUUCCUUUCAUGCCUCCUUGUCUGCAUCAGAGUCUAGAUCGGAUACGGACACGCAGAGCAGAAAAGAAGAAUCCUGGCAUAAGCAAGGACAGGAAAGACAAGGCGGACAUACGGAGGGGUCUGGAGGUAGAAGUGAAAAGAGCGGCUCGGACAAGCCGCACGGAAAGACGGAGAAAAGAGGGACGAGAGAGCAUCACAGAAAAGAGGAAAGGAGGCAAGAAGGUAUGAGCAGCUCAGAAAGGAGACGCACCAGAAGUGAUGGGGUCAAGGAGUAUGAGCAUAGAAAGACUGAAGAAAGGAAUAGAGCAGACGAAAAGAAUAGCAGUAGAGGAGAAAGACGAAGUGCCAGGCCUGAGGCUACUAAAGAACCAGAGCGACAGAGUGUCAAAGAUUCGGGUACCGCAAGGGGGGUGGGGAGUCAUGCAGACAAGAUGUGCAUUGGUGAUGGAAAGGACCGAAGCCAUGCUGAUGUGCGUGAGAAUAGACGGCACGGUUCACCUGUUAAACCUCACCACAGUGCUCAGAAUCUGAGAAAAGACCAAGAUGACCGAAGGAGAGCAUCCGGCAGGACUGAAGAGUCAUCGAGGAGCAAAGCAUCAAGCAGUCGUGAUAACAGAGGAGACACUUCUGAUAGACAUGGUGUCAGCAAAGGGAGGAGCGAUAAAGAAAAACGAAGCGGCGCUCCAGACAAAGGAUCAAAAAAUGCUCUUGAUAAUGCAAGGAACCCCAAAACGAGGGAGGAUGGAAAUGUUCAAGUGGAUGUCCUCGCCAACACAAGAAGAAAAUCUCCAGUAAGGUUAACCAGCAGCUGUGAUGGUUCAGGCGUGACGGAGGAGAGUAGCCCGAAGAGAAAAUUAACCUUUAUGGAAACUCUGAACCUGACUCUCUCGCCAGUUAAAAAGCAAAACAACUCUGAGGGACCUGAACCUCAAGAGCCAGUUCAGCCACCUCCUGAGGACACCAUUGCAAGCAACUCGACUAAGGACGGAAGUUUGUUUGAGGUUGGAGAAGAGUUCUGUGUGAUUGAUGAAGUAGAAGAUGACUGCGGGGAUGAUUCUUUGCCACACCCUAUCAAUACAACCACAGAGCCACAUGAUACCGAACCACCAACAAGCCUGGAAGUCAGAGGAAAGGAACUUGAGUUACCCAAGAGGUUUGACGGUGACCUGAAUGAAACUCAGUCUGGGAAAGUGGAUGGUACAGAUUCCGAAAUGCAGGAAGAAGAAUCCUUGAAAAAAGCAGGUGAUUCAGAAGUAUGUCCUACUGCAUGUAUUUCUCAGAAAUCUGUGAUAGACAAAACUGCUGUUCCUGAAGUAUCUAUACUCCCUGAACGAGCUAAACCAGUUGACAAUCCCACUGUUCCUUUAACUGAUGUCAGUUACAAAGAAGAUUCUCAGGGUUCUGUCAGGAAAGACAAGGAGAGAAUAAGGAUCGGUGCUAAGAAUUCUGGUGAACAAGACCAAAUAGAUGAUAAAUCAGCGGAAUCAAAAGUUCAGAAUGACGCACCUCAGCAGGAAGUCGCUACCUCGAUCAUUCCAACUCCUACGACCAAGACUUGUUCAAAUACGGAUAUGUCUCUGGAAGUUGUUUCUAGCACUGUCAGUGUGGAAAAUAACCAACAAUGCAAAGAAACAAUAGCUGUUUCAGACAUGGAAAUCACACAAGUCCUUGAGAACCCGGUUCCUUGUCCAGACUUACUAAUGGGGCCAAGCACCGAGGCGGUUAAUGUCAACACCACAGCCCAAGAGGAGGGAAUACCACCUGAACAAGCGAGCUCUUCUGAGCCUGAUUCCACAGAGAAUGAGAUGGAAAUCUCCAAGCCUUCCCGGUCUGUAGUGGUGGCUCAUGAAGAUGAAGAUUCCAUGAUGCUGACCUUGAGCAAUAUUAAAGUUAUUCCAGAAGCCAUCAGUCCUCUAACAAGUCCAGUACGUCAGAUAAAGAAGUCCCAGCAGCAGCGUUUGGGAAAGGAUUCACAUGUCAAAAGUCUCAGCAAAGACUUCUCUUCACCCGCUGUAGCGGCAGAUAAGGAUGCAGUCAAGAUGGACAUGAACAAAGAAAACAAGAGACCUGAUUCCUUAGUACCUCCCAGUGUGCAGAGAGAUCAGCAAGAGGCUCUUUCCUCGACUGCAACUGAAGAAGACUUGGAAGAAGGGGAAAUUAUCAGCGAGAGUGAUGGGGAAGGUGCUCUAGUCAUUCAGAGUCCUCCAAACGAGAAAAGAACGAGCUUAAGGAAUCAGUCAAGUCCCAGGUUACAAAAGAAGUCUCAAACACGACCCAUUGUUACUCCCAGACGCAAAGAAAAAGAGCAAAAUGCAACUACUAAAGACAGUCCCUCCUCGAACAAGAGGCGUUUCAAAACCGUCACUGUCCCACCCAAGGUGAAAAUAUCAACUUCUGCUGAAUUUAUGAACAUGUUAUUAUUUAUACGGUCGGAGCUGAGACGAAAGUACAUGAAACUUCAUAAAAAUGUCACCAAACCAGCUUUUAGCUGUAUCAUCGAAAUGUCUCAGGCCUCUUUCUCAGAAUAUGUUGACAGCGUUAACUUUGACAAAUUUUGCACAAAAGGAAAUGAAAUCAAACCUCUGCUCAAUAAGAUCAUCCAGUCUGUAAUGAAAAAGGUGUCUAACAACGGUAUCGUAAACCGUAUCUUUGAGCAGCGGGCCGAAGAUCUUAAGCAGAAGCUGUGGAACUUUGUAGAUGGCCAGUUUGAUUUCUUGUUUAAGGAACUAAAAACAGCACUGAAAAGUGCUGCAGAUCUUUACAAGAAUAAAGCUUCUUUAGAAAGUAAGCCGUCAAAUCCGAAGGUGAAAGAGGAUUCGAAUGUGGAUGUGUGCAAGCUACAAUCUAAAGAAAAUUUGAGCACAAGUGAAAAUAGGCCUCAAAAAAAAUUGAUUGGUGAAAUGGAAAGCGAGGGACAAAAGGUCCAGGAGAAGACCACUAGUUCAUAUAACGUGCCAUGUAGAGGCCUUGGCAGCAGUGGUAAAAAUAUCAAGGCAACCAUGGAAGAGGUACCAGAGGUACCCACACCUAACCAGUCUAAUCAGCUGCAAGUGGUUUCGUUCCCUGAUAAAUCUCUUCAAGAAAAUGUCCCGGCACCCGAGAAUAAAACCCCCAGCUAUACCCGACGUCUUUCUCACAGUGGAUCGAUACAAGACAGGGCAGACUUUGAAAUUCUGACAGAGCAGCAAACAUCAAGUUUGACCUUUAAUUUGGUAACUGAUUCCCAAAUGGGAGAUAUAUUCAGAUGUCUCUUGCAAGGUGACCUUGACACUGUUGAUAAUCCAAACUGGCCACUCAACACUCCAAGGAAAGAAGGUCAAGCUGGGGAGAAUCUCUUGGGGAUCAUGACCCCCAGUAAGAUGAUAACGCCAUCAAAGCUCAUCACAGCAUGGACAUCCAUUUCACCUUACAAGUUUCAAAUGCCAUUAAAUCCAGCGCUCCUUGAUGAAAACUGCAUGUUGGAGGUCCCGUCUAAUGCUGUUCCUAACCAGUCUAUCCCUGCUGUGGCCGCAGCCAGUUCCCAGCAGUCUUACUCUAUUUUGGCAGAAGACUUGGCCGUGUCUCUAACCAUUCCCUCACCCUUGAAGUCAGAUGGCCAUUUGAGCUUUUUGAACCCAGCAAGUGGACAGCCACUGUCCACACCAAGCAACGUCAUCAGUGCCCACUACAGUGAGGAUGCGCUCCUUGAUGGAGAAGAUGCCACGGAGCAAGAUAUUCACUUGUCUCUUGAAACGGACAACUCCAGCAGUCCGUCAAGUACCAGUGGAAAUUGGGAAGUGUUCCAGUUCAAACCAAACUUGCCUAUGCAGGCAGAGGUCAUGGAGAGGUCCAAUGAUCACUUUAUAGUUCGGAUCAGACAAACAUCUCUCGGGGUGCAAGAGGAACCCUUCCAGAAGCGCAAAGGACCACUGCCAUCUGCACAGGCUUUGCCUUCCAGUACGAUGAAUUUGAGUCAACCCUUGGCAGAAAGGCCUCAGGUCACUUCAAAUGAAGGAGGUGAAGAUGAAAUCUCAAGGAAGAAUACCUUAAAUGGACUCCAUGCAGGAGGCAGUCCGGCCACCUCUAUCAAAACCACUGAGAACCAAAUCAAGGAAGCCAACGUAGAUCCCACUCCCACUGGAGUUGCUGAUGCCCAGGAAUCUGAGCAUGUAGUGAAGAACUCGUGCCAAAGGGUCUCCAGGAAGCGUAAGAAGCAUCAUUCAGGACCCAAAACGAAACGUUCUAGAAGAGAGAAAUCGCAAGACAAACAAGAAAAACAGAGGCACAAAAAGAGAUCAAAAUCAUCCAAGGAAAAAAAUGAGAAGACUCCUUCGAAGAAGAUCAAGACUCCAUCUCCUCAGUUGUCUCCGAACAGUCUCUCUGCUAAGAACGUAAUCAGGAAAAAAGGAGAAGUGGUGGUGACCUGGACGAGGGAGGAAGACCGAGAUAUCCUUGUUGCACUAAAAAUGAAAGGAGCGUCCUCUAAAACCUUUGCUGCUCUGUCAUCCAAGUUGGGAAAGUCACAAGCACAGAUUGAAGAGCGGUUCACCCAGCUCAUGAAACUGUUUAAGAAGAAAGAGAAAAUGGAAAGCUGAGUAAUUAAGGCUGCAGGAUAAUGGCUAACUUUUCUUAAUCUUGGCUCUGCAAGAGGGCACACGCCACAGGCGAAAAAUGUUCUUGUCACUGGAUUUUGACAAGCUGGAGUUUUUUUGUUUUUUUACCCUCUCCUCAAUGUUACUUUAAGGAGCAAAGCACUGCUACAUAAUCUACAGUACUCUGUUCGGGAGUAAACGUUUCCUAAUUUGGCACCUUCAGUCAAGUUAAUAGGUCAUUAUGUUGAAUUCUAAGCAUUGGUUGAAAACAGUAUAUGUUGACGACACUUGCGUCCUUUUGUGUCUGUACAGUUCGUUUUGUGUAAUCUUCUUUAAAUGAAGGUGGAAGUCAGCUGUUGGAGAUGAACAACAGCGGAAAUCUUCACAACUUGAUGUCCGAAAGGAACCUGAGGCAAUUUAAUGGAUUUCCAUUAAAGACACUGGAGUCGUUCUUGCCUAGUACCAUCUACCUCUAUGAGAAUAAUCGUGCUUGAAUGAGAAGUACUGACAGACCAUAAACCUGUGAUCAAGAACUUAAUCAACACAAAAACUAUAAACUGUCACCAACCAUACAGUCCUUAGUUCCCUUUACUUCACAUAUAAUAUUUCUCAAACAUAUUAGCGAGAAAACGUUCUCUUAAAGGCUCCAAAUAAACCUGCUUUCAGUUGUUCAUGACAAUUCAUAUUAGCUUCCUUAAAGUUGGUAACGAUUUUAUUUCAGUUUUCUGUUGUCCUGUGUGUGGGAUUUUCUUUCUUCUCAGAUGAUCACCAGGCCUACCAGGUUCUUGUCUUGUAUAUAUGAUAAAUGUGAGAUUUGUUGGAAGGCAUUUUUUACUUAAGAGAUUUAUACCCUUUCGUUAUUUUGCCCUGAAUGCAGAGAUUCCAAGACAGCCUUCUGUCAAACUUGCUGUUUGAAUAAAUAUUCUGUAAAUAUUGUAAAAUGCAAGAAACUUUUUCACGUUUUAAAAUAAAGU